AGUCUGUGAAAGGCACGGAGAGGCAGGGAGAUAUAGCACCGGGUGAUAACACUGCACUCUCUCUUCAAAUGACAAGUGCUUAUUUUCCCCUAUACCGCGCGCAGCAUCUCGCGCUCAUAGACUCACUCUUCCAAAAGAACUCGUCUUCUCACUUGGUCUCCUGUUUCUUUUUUCUUUUUUAACCUAUUACUUACAUGAAUUUGUUCAAAGAUGUACGAAAUGUGCAAUUUUGGCCAAAGGUGACCUGUCUGCAUGUCGAAAUUCAUCGGUGCAUCUUUUCGGGGUUGACUGUUAUAACCGUCCAAACUGGGUAGGCUAUCUAUCCCGAUGUUUUGCGAUGCUCUGCCUCUCAGCAAUUUAGAAAAGUGCGUGGUCAUUUUCAGCGCCGAAUCCACAGAUGCCGCCGACGAAUCACCUUGCCUUUCCGGUGUAAUUUUUCACAGCCCUUUGACUGUCCAGUGGAGUAAAUUCGAUGAUUUAUAUAAAGACAAAGUUUGACCGUCACAAGUGGUCAGCGGGCACCUUUUGGUAAUCGGACAGUGGACGGACCACCUGUCCACGGGCUCGGUGCGUCCUUAUCAAAUUGAAGGAAAGAUAAUUGCAAAGUCCAAUAUAUUUGCAUCGUCUCGCCUUUGGUGGUGUAAUAGCAGGAUUUACAUCAUAUCUGGAGUAAUUUUAUGUGCGCAAUAUUGAAGGAUAUAGCCUUAGAAUGUUUGCAUUAAUGACAUUUGGAGUAAGGUACAUCACUUGAGUGUAUUAGACACUAUAGACUUUUGUGGAAACCAUCUAAAUGUGAGGAAACCUGGAAAACUGACUUGUUGUUGAGAAAAUUUGGAUAAAACGGUCUAUUGCACGCAGUCCGAUGUCUGCUCUACGGCCAGGGAGCUGUCUAGGGCGUCAGGUGUGGAUCCUCCUGGCCAUGACCCACCUCACCCUGGAUUUCUCCCUGUGUAGCCCCCUCAGUCAGGGCCUGGGGAUCAAGCUCAUCCACAAACCUGUGCCUCGCCCCCGGCCCCACUCGGCGCCCCUCUGGGAAACUCCCAACAUUCUCCAUUGGAGGACUGUGAGCACUCUGGCUCACCGGCUCCUCAACCCCGUUCCACUGCCAGACAGCAGGGGAGGGCCAGUACCAAAGGUCAGGGGUCAAAAGUACAGGAGACUGGCACACAAAGGACAGCCAUGUAAGGAGUGCCGGUUGAAAUACACAUCCACCGAGGCGGGGGAUUCGGCAGCAGCGGUAGGUCUUCCCAGGGGGAGCAAAACAGACGUGGUGAGGUUGUUACGGAGGGCUCGGAGACAGCUGAAAUGGGACGCCGACGACAAAUCUCAGGAUGGCAGGACCACGACUGUGUCCGGAUAUAUCGACUGGGGACCCACAGGGACAGAGGACAACUUUGACGAUGGUGAGGAGAAAACGGCAGCCAACUCCACGCUGUCCACCAAGGCCUUGACCACUACUGUGGCCACCACCACCACUACCACCACCAAGAGCCCCCAGAGGACGUUCGCGGUGGUGACCACACCACACCCUAGGAUGCUGAGCACCACCAAGGCCAGCGUCAGUUUAGGGGAGACUGUCAAACCACCAAAGCCAUAUGGAGACACACCAGGUCUGGCAGUUCACCAGAUUAUUACAAUCACUGUGUCUCUCAUUAUGGUCAUUGCAGCCUUGAUAACUACACUUGUCCUUAAAAACUGCUGUGUACAGUCGGGGAAUGGCCGUCACAGUAGCCAUCAGCGGAAGAUCCACCAGCAGGAGGAGAGCUGUCAGAACCUGACCGACUUCACCCCUGCCCGCGUGCCCAACAAAGUGGACAUCUUCACCGCCUACAACGACAGCCUGCAGUGCUCGCGCGAGUGUGUGCGCACCGCCGUGCCCGUCUACACAGACGAGAUGAUCCAGCAGACCCCUAUAUACAAGACCACCUAUAACGGAAAUAGACCUUCUCCCACUGAAAGGCAGCUGAUUCCUGUGGCCUUUGUGUCAGAGAAGUGGUUCGAGAUCUCCUGCUGACUAUCUGAAGCCUUUUUUACAUCACGUCGAUGGAACAAACUUCCUGAAUUUAUGCUCUGGAUCCUUUGGUAAACUUUUCCAACCAAGAUAAAGAAGCGACUCAAAACGACACAGAUGAAGAUAUUUAUUUUUCUAUAAAUGAUGACAAACCAAGCAGCCAUACCGCUGCCACUCUAUACUAUUUUCCAGAGACCUGUGUUAAUUUAGAUAUCUAGUUAGAGUUAAUAUAUAACUACAUUACUGGAUGUGCCAGAGAAGACCAUCUACGUCAGCGUCACCUUGAAGGGGACUAGGUUUCUUGGAGAGCUAGGAGACUUGGAGGAUCUGCUCUCAGUGGAAAAAGCUGAGCUGUAUUACUGAACAAUGUGCCAAUUACGCCACUAUGUGCCAUAAUCUGUACAGAACAACAAUUCAUGGACAACUAAAGACAGUGCUAUAUUAACCUUGUAUCAAACAUAUUCUUUUUAAAGAAAAAUGAAGAAAAAAAGAUGUUUAAAGUAUUUGAAUAUGUUUUCUGAAAUAGUCCAAAAAAUCUAUAUUAUAUGAAGCACUAAUCAUUGAGGGCAAGGGGGAAAGAAAAGAAAACGGUAAAUGCUUUAGUCAACACCUACAUUUAAUGCAUUGUUACUAUGUCCCAUUUUAAAACCAGAGUAGUCUGUCUAUUUUUAUAUAUACGCAAAGAGGUCAGUCAGUCAGAACCCAAACAGUAGAAUUCCAUGCCACAUGAUGUUUGGACAGCGGAACGCCAUUAACAGUCCAAUCAGAGAUCGAAUCCAAGCCCAGAUUAUUUUCCCUUUCGCUAUGUCCUUUUUGUCAGAGGUUUUGGAUUGUGCUAACUACAUAAAAAAAGGGCUCUAUGGCUGUCGAACAUUGCAUACCCUAUGUCCUGUUGUGUUCAGUUCUAUCUGAAUUUGAAUAGCUAAAGCAAACAGAGAGGAUUAGCAGUAUGUUUACAUAUGUACUGACUCAGGUCAGUGUCCAAUACACAAGUCUUCAUUUCAUUUUCCAUCCCAAGCAUUAUUCACAAGGGAUAAGACAUGAUGAGUUACUUUGAGUGGUGGUAGGAUAUGAGCGGUACCACACAAGGGUGGAAUUUAGAAUUAACUUGUAAGAAUAGAAUUAUUCUAACUCAACAAUUACAGUAAGUGAGAAAUAUUGAAUAUCUCAUCUUAACUAUAUGAAUAGUUAGUGUUUACCACUGUUUCCCAGUGUCUUAAAACAACCAAGGGUCAGAUUUAUCAAACAAUGCUCCUAAGGCCACUAAUAAGUGUGAUUUCUGUGUAUUAUUGGGGGAAUCACAAUACCUUUUUGUGUUGCAUUUAUCAAGCACAUCCUAAUUGGAAUUAUAAUUUGAAUUAUCAUAUUAUCAUCAAACACCUUUACAAAUGGUGCCCUGUGUGAGAAGUAUUUACAUUCAGGAGUAGUAUUUUUCAAUACCAUAAUCUCUGAAAUACAUGCAAAUCAAGAAAUGGAAAUGAACAGGACAUCUGAAUAAAAAUGGUAAAGUAUUCCUCCAAAUUAGCUGUAUAUCUUGUGCUGUGAAUGCAGACACAACUAUUUUUAAUAAUGUUCCUCCCUAAAGCUCACUUAUAUGAAGGAAUACACUAUCUCUCUUUCAUGUCAAGAGCAGUACAGUGAAAAACAACCAUGUUCUUUCCUGGUUCCUGAGGGUUGCUCAUAGAUGCGAUUUUGUUGAACAUCAGCCUCGUCUUAACCUCCAGCAUCAUUAAUGAGAUGUGGAACUAGGGGGAUUAGGAGCAGCCAAUCAGAGUCUAGAAGACUGGGCCACAUGUAAUACAUUAAUUAAUUGAUUAGUUCAUACAAUUCCACUAUUAGUGAGUCAGGACACUUGAACAUAACACAAAACAUUUCAUUACGCUAGUGGGUAGGUAGAAAGCACAAAAAAGAACAACACGUGAUUGCAAUUAUUCGGUGUCGACAGCAAUAUGUACAUAUCUAAAGAUAAGACUGGAUUCUUGUCCGGAUGUGGGCUGAUAUCUGCACUUACUCAAUGAGAUGGACAAGAUUCAGGCUUCAGCUAUUCUGUUUCCAGAGCUCAAGGUAGAGGUGGACCCAUAGUACAGAUCCUAAAUCACAAGCUUAUGUAACUGGAGGGGUAAAGAACUGACCUUGGAUCUGUGGCUGUGGUGCAACUGUGACUCCUAGUACACCACUCUCACAGCAAAACACCAUGAACGACCUUGCCAAUUCAUCCAAACAUGUACGCUGAGACCAUGUUGCGUCAACAUAACAUAUAUUUUUUGAACAAAAAGUGUUAUCUUGAUAGUCAGAGGGUUACUAAACUGUAUAUUAUACAUGUGUAAAUGUAUUUUCUAUAUAUUUACUUCUAUUUGUGUACAGGUAUGUUCUAUUUUUAAAGACCUGUCUCUUUUUGGGAAAGGUUUGGCUAGGUCGGGAUAGUGUCUUUGUUUACAUGUGAACUGCCGUAUUUCUUUCACAACACAAAAUAACCUUGUGCCAAGCUUCCUACCUGCACUUUCAAGCAGUACCUGUAUUAUAUAUUUGGCUAAUCAAUACAAUACUUAAAUAGACACUGCAAUAUUUCACAUACUGAAAAAGUUGUUAGAAGUAACAAAGCUAGGGAGAGAAGGUCUUUUGAUUGUAUAAUAUGAUGAGAUCGGCGUGCUGAUGCUUGGGGUUUGGUUGGUAGAAGAUGCGCAAUUAUCAAAUGCUGACAACCAUUUUCAUAUGAAAUCUAUUUGCUUCUGGAAAUAUGAUUUAGUCAUGGUGAAAAGGGGAAGUAAUGUAAACCCAAGAAUAAUUGUUAUGAGAGAAAGUUAGACUGAGUUAAUUAUUUGUUCAUUUUUGCUGUAAUAUUUAAAACUACAUGUAACCACUCUAGAGACCAAGACAUAUGUGUCAGUUUUCUCUUUAAAGGCAGGGAAAACUAUUAGGCCAAUGAACUUGUACUAUUUAGCAUGAGUUGAAACCACAGAUAAAUGAUCAGAAAGAAGUACAGUAGUAAAGAGAACAAAGAAUAAGGGUUCAGAGUUUUUAGGGUAAAUAUUUCACUCCCCUUUGCAUUUGCAGAGAACAAGUACAUGGAUUUUUAUGUUUUGGUUAUGCUGGUACUGAAAUGUAUCGGGUAUGUACUUAUUAUGUCUUUCUUUCAUAUGAUGAUGACAAACACCACCAAUGUUUUGCAACAAAAUUCUCCACCUUCAUGAACAUCUUCAUGAUCAGAUUUUUAGAUAGCAUGAUUGUUUAAAGCCAGCUACAUACUACACCAUUUUUACCUCAAUAUUCUAAAGGAAGUUUGGAACAUCAUAGGAAUAACAAGGGCACAAUUUCUUUAAUGUGAAAGGUUUCCUCGAGUGCUGUCUACAAGCCUCAUAUGUUCGAAUAUCCUCCCAAGCAUUGUCCCCAACGUGCAUUUCUUAAAUUUCUAAUAUACUUUCAAAUUGUUACAUAUGAAAGUGUUGUCUUGAAAUACACUACAUGACCAAAAGCAUGUGGACACCUGCUCAUUGAACAUCUCAUUACAAAAUCAUUGGCAUUAAUAUUGAGUUUUUCCCCCCUUUGCUGCUAUAACCUCCACUCCACUGGGAAUGGUUUCCACUAGAUGUUGUAACAUUGCUGCGGGGACUUCCUUCCAUUCAGCCACAAGAGCAUUAGUGAGGUCGGGCACUGUGGUUGGGCGAUUAGGCCUGGCUCACAGUAGGCAUUCCAAUUCAUCCCAAAGGUGGUCGAUGGGAUUGUGGUCAGGGCUCUGUGCAGGCCAGUCAACUUAUUCCACACCGAUCUUGACAAACUAUUUCCGUAUGGACCUCGCUUUGUGAAUGGGGGCAUUGUCAUGCUGAAACAGGAAAGGGCCUUCCCCAAACUGUUGUCACAAAGUUGUAAGCACAGAAUCGUCUAGAAUGUCAUUGUAUACUGUAGCAUUAUUCCUCAUCCACCAAACUUUACAGUUGGCACUAUGCUUUGGAGUAGGUAGCAAUUUCCUGGCAUCCGCCAAACCAAGAUUCGUCUGUCGGACUGCCAGAUGGUGAAGCGUGAUUCACCACCCCAGAGAACGCAUUUCUACUGCUGCACAGUCCAAUGGCGGUGAGCUUUACACCACUCCAGCCGACGCUUGGCAUUGCGCAUGGUGAUCUUAGGCUUGUGUGUGGCUGCUCGGCCAUGGAAAACCAGUUCAUGAAGCUCCCGACAAACAGUUAUUGUGCUGAUGUUGCUUCUAGAGGCACUUUGGAACUCGUAGUGAGUGUUACAACCGAGGACAGAUGAUUUUUACACCCUACGUGCUUCAGCACUCAGUGGUCCUAUUCUGUGAGUUUGUCUGGCCUAUCACUUACCACUUCACGGAUGAGCCGUUGUUGCUCCUAGAUGUUUCUCCUUCACAAGAACAGCACUUACAGUUGACCGGGGCAAAUUUGAUGAACUGACUUGUUGAAAAGGUGGCAUCCUAUGACGGUGCCACGUUGAAAGUCACGAGGUCUUCAGUACGGGCUAAUCUGCUGCCAAUGUUUGUGGAGACUCCAUGGAUGUUGGCUCCAUUUUAUACCCCUGUCAACAAUGAGUGUGGCUGAAAUAGCCGAUACCCCUGUCAACAACGAGUGUGGCUGAAAUAGCCGAAACCACUAAUUUGAAGGAAUGGCAAAGUAAAUGGCAAAGUAAAUGUAACUUGACAUAAGCAACUCACAGUUGCUUCUCUCAGUUCCCUCAGUUCAGUUCAUCCCUCAGUGUAAAAUAUCAGUGCCAACAACAGCACCCAUGCUUCUCUGUAGAUAAUGUGGACGUAACAGAGCUAUUCUUUAUUAUAUCUGCUGAUUUUACAGUUAGCCCAUAGUGGUUGAGGCAGUUCAAUUGACUGUGAAGAUGACUAAUGGAGUUGCAGUAAGAUCAGAGAAAUAUGAGACUGAACAACUUUUGUGAGCAAACAAAUAUCUACAUAAGAGACAGACUGUAUGUCCUCUAGCUGUCUCUUCAGUGAUCCUUGACACUUAUAGUACAGCAUGUCCCCAAUGUGUCACCUAUGAGACAAACAAAAUGUCAAGGAAUGAAAGGACGCAGUCGGUGCCAGCAAGAGGAAAGGUGUCACACAUAUUGUGCUGUAUUUUGCUUCAUGUUAAUACUACAGUUAAUAAUCAGUCAUAUUGAUUCCAACCUUUUGACAUAUUCAGAACGUCAAUUCCAUGUUUGCCUGACAUCUUACUGGCCCAAUCUUUUUUUAUCUAUGAGAUAGGAUCCAGAACUUGAAUGAUCAAUCUGUUUUGAGUCUUAGUCUAAUCACAGGCCAGGGGGUUCAGGCUUAAGGUAUUUCAAUAUGGCACUAUACUGUUAGGGAACAUAUUAUUAUAAUGAACAUUGUGAGUAGCCUAGCAACGACUGAUUGAUAGCACUAGAAUUAAUCUGGCCAGAGGCUAAUUACGGUACAGGGGGAUACUGAUACUCCUUGUUGUUCUGAAAUACUUAAGAGAAAGGGGAUAAAUGCGUGAUGUUUGGAUUGUUUUUGGGUGCAUAUUUUUGCUUUACACAGGGUCGUUCAUUCUCAAACUGCUUUCCUCAUCAUGUUUUUCUGACUUUACAUAUUGUGCGCUUAAACUGUGUCUAAAGAGGAGGACUCCAAUUCUCCUUGCGGGAUCAUGUUUUUAUUUUUCUAUUCAAAAUAGCUAUUGUACUGAUAUAAUCACCAGUGUUUGUCAACAGUGUUAAUGACUUGAACUAUGAUUUAAUGACGUCACCAUUUCCUAUAUGGCCAUUUUGGGGCAAGCAGAGUCUGGUUGCAUUAAACACAUUUGCCUAUGAGCAUAGCUAUAUGCCACAGCACAAAAUAGGGCCUCAGACUGACACUCAGUAUGAUGCCUUGAACAUGGAGUGUAUAUUGAUCUGGACUGGUUUAACAUUGAUAUUUGAGAUAGCACAGCUCAAUCGAUAUAUGGUUAUCACUGGACAGGUCGUCAGAUUGGAACAGAGUCAGCCGUGACAGUGAGGCAUUGCCUCAGCAUUGCCUUGUCACUCUCUCAGAGCAGAUGAAGCCAAACCGAUAUAUGUCUGAGAGAUAUUGGUAAGAUGUUUGUUCAGGUAUUGAAAUAAUUCGCAAAGCUAAAUGGUAGACAAACAAAUAUGUCUGACUGAGAUGACAUCUUUUUCUUUCUGGUGUUUCACACAGGUGCACACAACAGUUUGUUCAGCAACACAAUCACAAGACUCCAUACUACUACUACACAGAACCUGACUGAAGUCUUGUUGUUGCCAUAGAAAUGAAACAUUUGUACUUUGUGACUCUUAAACCUUUUAUAUUUGUGUUAAAUAUAUCAAUGAGUAAAUCUGUUACUUUUAUAUAUGAUCUAUCUAUGACUGUAGUACACACAAACACACACAGAAGGACUGUAUAAACAGUCAAUUUCUGUGUCAGCUAAAUGUUGUAUAAUUUUAUUUUGUGUCUUAUGGAUCACAUCUCUUUUUGUAGGUAUUGGUAAUGUUUAAAUUUACAGGUGAUUUUGAUUUGGUUACUAUUGUACUUCUAAGCUCUGUAUUUGCAAGCACUGUAAAUGCGAUACUCAUCGGAUUCGUCCUCUGUACAUUUAGUACUCUGAUGUUCCUAUAAAUAAAAUGUAAAACAACA